UGUAAAGAUUACAUUAUUUUACAAUAUUUGCUCGGUUAAAAUUGAACUUCACGCGAUUUGGUGGAAUGUCCGCUCUUCGAAGGAAAAGAUGCUGCCACCUGCCGACCAUUCCUUAAACGGUAUUUACCUAUAAAAAAGUAACAUAGAACUAGAAACACAGUUAGACAGUAGUUAGAAGAAUUUCGAUAACAGCUCCUUGUUAUUAAAAAAAUACAUACAACAGCAUAUUACAAAUGGCAUUUUAUGACAAUGAACACUGGUUGCUAUCGCACAUUAAAGAUAGUUUUUUAUCUACCGACAACACAGGUCAGUGCGAAAUAGUAAUGCUUAGAGAGGAUAUUCCGAAACAGUUAAAAUCAAACGGUACAUUACAAUGUUAUCCUGGCAUGGAAGAAAGCGACGAUGAAGAUUUAGAUGCUCUUGCAGAAUCUUAUGAUAUACAAAUGGAUAUGGAAUACAGUCAUAGAGAACGUUCUAACACUGCUCAAAGAUUAGAGAAAAUGGAUCUUGAAAGAAAAAAAGCUGCUAAAGUCAAUGUGAAAUGGAAAAAUAAUCCCAUUAUACCUGCUACUCAACAAUCAGAAUUAUUUCAAAGAAAAGACUUUCGUAAAAAGACUGACCGAACCAAUAAAAGAUAUUCCCUUUUAUCUGAACAGCUUGAAAAGUGUCCCCAUGUACCGCAAAAUCCGUUUAUAGAAUAUGCUAAAUUCGAUGGUAGUGCACAAGUAGACAUUCCUAUAAGAAAAUAUGGGAUAUUCAUGUGUAUGUUACCUAAAGAACAAAGAAUGUAUCCCCUUCAAAUAAUUGUAAUAGCUACAGCAAAAGUGCUCGAAUUUAUUGGAUUAAUUUGCUACAAAUACGCGAAUGAACAUCCAGAUCAUCCGUUAAAAGAAGAUAUUACAAGAUACGGAUUAUAUUUUACCGAGGAUGAUGGAGAAGUUGAUUGGGAUUUACCUUGUUUAGACCCAAAAGAAACAAUAUCCAAAUUUGAAUUUACAACAUUAGGUCUCACUGAAAUGAAACCAAGCGAUAGAGCACGACACAAUAUGAUUAGUUGCAUAGAAACAAAAGACGAAGAUGACUUUUUGGCUAUUCAAAAUAAGGAACAAGAAGAAGUUGCAGAGGAUUUAGCAAAAAUGGAGGGUCAUACAACUGCUAUGGAAGCUCCGCUAUACCAAUCUUACAGGGUAUACAUAAUUAACAAAGUCAGAACAAAGACUGAAAUUUAUCUUGGAAUAUCGGGCGAAAAAAUUGAAAUAAAUCCGAUAAUAACUGGUAAAGGUGCAGGACGUUUUUGGAACAGACAAAGAGCAGUUAGUUAUCAGAUAGAUAACAUUGCCUGGUGUGAAAUAACGGAAACAAAGGGAUCAAAAACAAUUUUUACAUUAGUUUAUACUCCACAUUCUUCUAUUUCUGAAAAUAUUUUGUUAUCGUCUGGGCAGAUGCAAUCAUUGCAUCAGUCUGCGUCAUUUAAGAAUCACGAAUUUGAGGCUGAUUCCAUAACAGCGGAAGAAAUUGUCAGAAAAAUAAAUCAUAUACUAGAAUUACAUACCAGCACGUCGAGAAAAGAAUAUUUAUCUCAAAAAGAAAGAAAAGCAGCGAGACGAAAAAGUUUCCACUUGCAUAGAUGACAGCUCUAUUGGUUUCUUUAUUCUAUUCUAAAUUAUUUAAAGUAUUAAUAAUACUAACAUAAUAAGAAUGAAAAUAAGCAUUUGCUUUAAUAUAAAUAUGACUUUAUUGUCCUUGUAAUUGGGCAUAUUGUAAGUUUAUUAUACCAAAGAACUUGCAAUUUGUACACUUAGAAACUAUAAUGUCUGUCUUAUUUAUUCCUUUUUUAUGAUGUAUAUACGCAUACAUGUAAAGUAUAAAUUGAUUUUGUACAAAAUAAAAAAUCACUUUGUUUUAAUACUAAUUAUGAUAAAAUGUAAUAAAUUUAUGGAAUAUAAAUAGUUCAUUUUACCCGAAGAAAAUAUCUCUGUAUAAUCUGAUAUUUGGAAUGUUGUCAAUCUGACAUUUCAAUAAUUCUAUCUGUAACUUUAUGUAGUCUGUCUUCCAUUUGUAAAAUAAAUUUUUCAUUUAAUUUAUAAACUA